CUUCAAUAAAUUGUAUGUUAACAAAAUAAAAUAUAUUUCGGUGCUCAAUGCUCCAAACUUUGAAAGCAGCCGCCGCCGAAGUAACUGAUUGAACCGAACCGCCGAUUGCCGCGUUUGCGACUGCGCCUGCGAUUCUUAACCAGCUACUUAAACAAUUUGAGAGCAAGCUACGAAAUUUGUUGGCAUUCUUUCAACCUUUUGUAUCGAACUACGCGACUUGCAGCAAUGGCGCCCAAAAAAAGUCAAGGCGCACGUCGCCGCGGUCCAACUGUGUCGCUGCACGAUUUUUUGUUCGGCGAUGAGGAGGCAACUGCAGAAAAACCAAACCAGAACAUAACAGAUCCGUCGAAGAGUAGCUCCCGUAAAAAGAAUACCCCAAGGAAUUAUAAGCCAAAGAAGCCAAAAUCAACAGACGCCAAACCGUUGAUGGCGACUCGCGAAGCCAGCCGCUUCCGGGAUAAUUCAUCUACAAAUGAUGGUAAACCAGCCAUGUGCGCCCUUGGAUGCGUAGAGGAAUCAAAUCAACAGAUACCAAUAAAUGGACACCUUACAUCGCAAGAAGCUGCUCCUGGUGGCAAUUCAAACAUUCAGCAAUUUACUGAAAGUCAGGCACACAAUGCACUUGUCGCGGGACUGUCCAAAUUGAUGGCUGAGAUAGCAACUGAAGCUGUUAUAUACUCAGACUCAUACGACCAACCAACCAUGGGGAGCUCUCAACCCAAACCCCGACGCAGAAGACGACGUAACCAAAAUCAAAGACGUGGAGGGGCCGGAAGACGCGUAUGGCCGCUUUCUAUGCAGGAUGGAUUUAUGCCGCCCAAUAUCCGCCGCAUGCCAGGGAACUUCCCGCAGCCAAGAUCCACAUUGCGGACACAAUCUCAGUUGGACAACGAGCCGACAUAUUGCAUCGAUGAAAACUAUAACAUAUUGCCAAGCGAGCCCAGUCAGUGGAAGCGCAAACAUAGGGGCGGACGACGACGUAGGCAGCGAUCCAGACGUCAGCGUCAUAUUGAAGAGACUGUGGAAAUGGAAAAUGCUUUCGUCGAGCCAACCCCACCGCCACCGCCACCGCCUCCACCAUCGGCACCGCUCGCUUGCCCUUGCGGCUGCCAGGACAUAGCCCCGGAACCGGCUUCGUCUUCAGAGUCGCAAAAUCUUUUAGUUGUUCCUGUGGAUGAGUAUGUGACUGCAACGGGCGGCUUCAAGAAGGUGACCAUACAAAUGCUUGUAACACCGAGACGUAUCGAUGUACCAGAGCAUGUAACCACAUCGUUGGUGCUCUAUCAUCCGGAGACGGGUGAGAUUGCGGCACGUAAUGACAAUGAUAAUGUGUCCCACUGCGGUGGGAACAGAUUGGAGUGCGAGUGGUUCAACAGUUUGGGUAAGGUGCAGCCCAUCCAUAUAGAGAUGUGGCGUCGACCGGGUCAGAUCUUGCCACAGUUUCUGGUGCCAAAAACCGAGGGUAAUUACAUACCAUACUGUCGCAUUCCAGGCGAAAUGUUCUCAUUUCAGCCAGCACCCGAAGUGCCAGAGUCUGCGAUAAAUCCAAAUCAGGAUUAUCACGCAAAGCCCGGCACUGGCUUUUACUAUCCUGAGCCAGAACAAGUUGGACCUGGACAGCAACGAACAGUUCGCGUUCAGCCGCGAUUCGACUGCACACAGUCGGCAUUCAUAUUCAAACCAAUUCAUGCUGAAUAAGCCCAUGCUGUGCCCAAUCCAUAGCCAUACGUUCCAGACUUCAUAC